GAACUCCCGGACAAAACCGGAUAAUUACCCUUGACACCGAGUCUCCGAACAGUCUCCGCCGCCUUCAACUCCGCUGAGUCUCUCCUUCUCCUGCUUCUCUCCUCGCUUCUGUUUGCCCUAUCCCGUAGAGGGGAUGCUAACCACCCUAUCUUACACCCAAGAAGUCUCUAUCAGUAUUUCGAUAUGGUGGAUCAUUUGAGUUCUAGCGGCGCCGCGAAGAUUGUCUUUUUUGUGGCAACCUCUGCUAGUUCUUCUUUUCAAAUUAAGGCGAUUUAGGGUUCCGUUUACGGGGGUUGACAGGAUGCAGAGGUCCACCUGGCAUCACGAGAGAUCAGGGACGAUGACAAGGGAAAAGCGAGGUUUAGACCCUGGGGAAGAUAAUGAAGGCGGCGUACCCGAGACAAAGCGGCGGAAGGUCCCCGCUCUUGCCAGCGUAAUUGUGGAAGCUCUCAAGUUGGAUAGUCUGCAGAAACUUUGUUCAUCUUUAGAACCCGUGCUUCGCCGAAUUGUUAGCGAGGAAGUCGAGCGUGCAUUAGCAAAGCUAGAUCCUGCUAGACUUGGGGCAAGGUCUUCUCCAAAGCGGCUAGAAGGCCCAAAUGGAAGAAACUUACGACUGCAGUUCAAAUCUAGAUUAUCUUUACCAAUUUUUACUGGAGGAAAAGUUGAAGGAGAUCAAGGAGCUGCAAUUCACAUUGUGUUGGUUGAUGCCAACAACGGUCAUGUUGUAACUUCUGGACUUGAGUCUUCUGCAAAACUUGAUAUUCUGGUUCUUGAGGGUGAUUUUAAUAAAGAAGAAGAUGAUGAUUGGGACGAAGAAGAAUUUGAAAGUCAUGUAGUUAGAGAACGGGAAGGAAAGAGACCCCUUUUAACUGGUGAUUUACAGGUUUCGUUGAAAGAAGGUGUAGGAACUAUCGGAGAACUAAUAUUUACGGACAACUCAAGCUGGAUAAGAAGUAGGAAGUUUAGGCUUGGUUUGAAGAUAGCCUCUGGUUGUUGUGAAGGUAUCCGAAUAAGGGAGGGAAAAACUGAAGCAUUUACGGUUAAGGAUCACAGAGGGGAAUUAUACAAAAAACACUAUCCUCCUGCCUUAAAAGAUGAUGUGUGGAGAUUGGAGAAGAUUGGGAAAGAUGGUGCAUUUCACAAGAAGUUAAAUAAGGCUUCAAUUUAUUCAGUUGAAGAUUUUCUACGACUCUUUGUUAGGGAUCCGCAGAGAUUGAGAAAUAUCCUUGGAAGUGGCAUGUCAAAUAAGAUGUGGGAUGUUCUUGUAGAGCACGCCAAGACUUGUGUUCUCAGUGGAAAAUUCUAUGUAUAUUAUUCUGAGGAAACUAGAAAUGUUGGCGCCAUUUUCAACAACAUUUAUGAAUUUGCGGGUCUGAUUGCUGGUGGACAAUAUCUCUCAGCCGAGUCUCUCAAUGAGAGCCAGAAGAUCUUUGCUGACACCUUGGUAAAAAAAGCGUAUGAGAAGUGGAUGAAUGUUGUAGAGUAUGAUGGCAAGGCCCUCCUGAACAUUAGGCAGAACAAAAAGGCCAUUUACAGUGAACCUUUGUCAGCUCCAUCAUCUAACCCAGCUUCGUUUACUCAACCAGUCUCACAAGUGCCACAGCAGCGGUUGCCAGCUCCAGUUGCCGUUCAUCAGCCUUCAGUGGAUACAGCAGUGGCUGUUGGGGGUAAGAAAUGUGGGGUAGUUGAUACAACAUAUGAUGGGCACCAAUCAAACAUACAUCCAAUUCAAACCCAGCAGAUCAACUCCAAUGACCACAUGCAGUUCAACAACAGUUUACUUGCCUCUCAGACCCAAUUCAAUAGCUCCUCUCACCAAACUCAAAUGACCAUUAACAACACUGCAGGCCUUGCUUUGGGCCUAACUCAACCCACAAGCUUAGAUUAUCAGCCAGCAGCUCAAUCCUUACAAUCCUUGAAUGUAAAUUCUUUUGACAACUUCUUGCCUGAGGAUGAGAUUAGGAUGAGAAGCCAUGAGAUUCUGGAGAAUUAUGACAUGCAACAUUUGCUACGAGUCUUCAGCAUGGGGGGAGCUGCUACUAAUAAUAUCCAGGAAGAUGGAUAUGGCUUUACACCAUACACUCCGCUAUUCUCCAACUACGGCUUUGAUGAAGAGCGCAACCAGUCGUCUGGCAAAGCUGUCAUCGGAUGGCUCAAGAUCAAGGCGGCUAUGAGAUGGGGUAUUUUUAUAAGGAAGAAAGCAGCAGAGAGAAGGGCUCAUCUUGUUGAGCUUGAAGAUGCUUAGCCAAGGCAGUAAGGCAGUGAUUUCUUUCCAAUACAAGUUUAUAAUCCGGAAACAGAGUUCUUACAACUCAUGUGUGACUUUAGCUUGUGUGGCGAUGUAUCAUUGGUUGUUAUUGGCCAGGUGGGCCCCAUCAACAGAGUGAUAGCCAAUAAUAUGUCGCCGGCCUGUCGGGUGAAGUUGACUCGAGUAGCUUCGUGGCGGAGGAAGGGCUGUUUGAAUUCGUUUAUAGGUAGAAGAUUUUCUAUAUAUCUCUGUAAUGAUUUGGCAGUUGCAAUAAGGCUCUUCGGUUGGUGAAUGUAAUUCUGGCUUUAGAGUGUAACGCUUAUUUUCUAUUUUUCAUCGCAGCUGUAAAAACUUCGAUAUAUUAAUUGUGAAAGAAUUUGUCAAAAAA